AUGGCGAACAGCGAAGCCGAGUUCCACUCCCGCUCCGAGUCGGUAUCGACGCCGGGAGAUGGACCGGCAGACAACUCGACGGAUGUGACUGAGACCACGGCAAACGCGAAGAAGUCCUCGCCGGCCGACCCGCAGACGAAGAAGCGGACCGGCUCGACGGCAGAAGCCAACGACAAGGCCAACAAAGUCACCAAACGGCGAGCGCCGCGGGCGUGUGCGUCCUGCAGGGCCCGCAAGGUUCGCUGCGACGUGGUUGAGCAAUUUCCUUGCGGGAAUUGCCGCUGGGAUAAUGUCGACUGCAUCGUCCACGAGAGCAGACGACGGAAGAAGAAACUCUUCAACCCGGCGGCGAGCUCGACAGGGGCUUCGGUGGGCGCCAUGCCCGGUGCCGAGGCUCUGCACUUGCAAGGAGGGAGCGCAGCAGGCAGUACUGGCCCGAUCAACAUCGCAAGUGCAGAUCUGAGGAGGCCGAGUAAUGUCUCUGCAGUCUCUAUGCCUGGCCUCGAGAGCAUUGGAGGCAUGUUUGGGAGCGUCGACGGCCAGGUUCCACCGCUGCUCCUCCAGAGACCUGGCUUCGGGCCAAAUGCGAACCCCAGCCAGAUUCCCUGGAAUCCUGUGCAACUCUAUGGUGACAGCCGCUCGAGCUUCCUGAACGAGCCCAAUGAGGUCGACCCUCUGACCCUUCUGCCGGCUUGGGUCAAACCACUGCCCGACAAGAUCGGCCCCGAUGAGAUUGCGUACCUCCAGCGCAAGGGUGCCUUGAGCAUCCCCGAUCCUCCGCUUCAGAAUGCCCUGCUGCAGGCCUAUGUCGAAUAUGUCCAUCCCUACAUGCCGCUCCUCGAGCUGUUCGACUUCCUGAACCUGAUAAACGCCGGCGACGGCCAGGGUGGCCAGGUCAGCCUGCUUCUGUACCAUGCCGUCCUGUUUGCAGGGUCGGCAUUCGUCAAGAAGAAGGCCCUGUCCGAGCAUGGAUAUCCAAAUCGAAAGGCUGCCCGGAAGAUAUUCUUCCAGAGGGCAAGGCUACUCUAUGACUUCGACUAUGACUCCGACAGGCUCGUCCUCGUACAGGCGCUGCUUCUCAUGACAUACUGGUACGAGACCCCCGACGACCAGAAGGACACCUGGCAUUGGAUGGGCGUCGCCAUCUCGCUGGCACACACCAUCGGGCUUCACCGGAAUCCAGACAACGGUACCAUGACACUUCGCAAGCAGAAACUGUGGAAGAGAAUGUGGUGGUCGUGUUUCAUGCGUGACCGUCUCAUCGCACUUGGCAUGCGCCGCCCGACGAGAAUAAAAGACGAGGAUUUCGACGUGCCGAUGCUGUCGGAGAGCGACUUUGAAAUUGAGGUCCUUCCCGAUGACAACCACCUCCUGCCGCCUGAUUGUACAAUGAUCCGUAACACCGACAUGCAGAGAGAACUCGCCGAGAUGUGCGUACAGAAGGCCAAGCUCUGUGUGCUCAUCAGCCACAUGCUCAAGGCCCAGUACUCGGUCCUGAUUCGUGACCGGCUCCAGCCCGAGCGUACCAACACCACGAUGAUGUUGUUCCCGAAUAAGUCCUUGGACAACCUAGAAGCCGUGCAGCAGGUUGAUAGAGAGCUCGCUGGCUGGGCUACUGCGCUCCCGCCAUCGUGCCAAUACAGGUCGCUGGUGCGGGCAGACAUCGAAGCCGGGCGGUCCACCGUUGCUGUGCAGCGCAACCUCCUGCACAUGGUAUUCCAGACAACCACCUCGGCGCUACACCGCCCGCUGUUCUUGCCAACAUCGCUUUCGCAGCCACCGCAAGCGUCCAGGACCGUGCAGGAAAACUCGCGCGCCAAGGUCAAGAUUGCAGCAACGCAGAUCACGCGCAUGGCCGCCGAGAUGCACCACUACCACCUGGACAAGUACCUUCCGACCACAGGCGUAACGGUCGUACUCCCGGCCAUGAUUAUCCACCUGGUCGAGUACAAGCACCACGACCGCGAGCGGCGCGAAGAAGCUCAGAGGGGCUUCGCACAGUGCAUGCAGGUCAUGGUGAAGCUGCGGGACAUCUAUGCGGCGGCGGACUUCGCGGCGGGGUUUCUGGAGUCGGCGCUCAAGAAGGCGGCCAUCGAGCUGAAUGGUGCCAGCGGCGCCUCGACCACCAGCAGUACCACGACGAGGACGACGGCACUUCCCGUCGAUGUCAGUGCCGUCACGCCGUUUGCGCGGCCGGCCACGCCUCCACCGGAACAGGUCGGACCUGUCGUCACGGCCGCCGAGAUGGAGGUAUCCAAAUACGCUUACCUGGCGGCGGCGGCGGCGGCUUCGACGUCGCCGACAAUCGACGGACUGCCGCAGCAGCUGCCGCCGCAGUCCGUCAUUAUGGGCGACUCGCCGCCGCACUCGGAGCGCGACAACGGGCCGACGCCGUCGGCGAGCGGGUCUUCGGAGCAUCAGCUCGCCGACGUGGAGAUGACCGACAUCAGCGCGAUGGACUGGGCGGGCGUCGGUGGCGGCUUGCCCCCCAAUCUCGCCCUUGACUUUGACCAGUGGCUGGAUUUCCCGGCCGAGGGCAUGAACAACACGGAAAGUUUCAACAUGAGCAUGUUUGACAACGCGGCGCAGUUUGAGACUCUGGCGGACGGCUACACGCAGACUUGA